CAAUGCUUUUAUUUGAUUGGAAUAUGGAAUAUAGAAAGACCAACGGUUCAAUUCCAAAGUUAGCCUUGGCUUUCCACUUUUCAAGUACAACAUUAAGAGGGUAUUUCUGUUGUUAAUAGGAAAAAGAACACUUAUUUUGUAAACUGUUCUCUUGUUUUUCCCUCUUCAGAAAGUCUAUUUUCUUUUGUGAUCAUAAAACUCCAGUUGAACUGAGAAGAGCAAAUUUUCCAGAAUGGAUUUUCUCAGAUUUUCCCUUCACUUCAUCGAUUGCUUAGCCUGGCCGGUAGUUGCUCUGGGCUAUCCGAUAUGUGCAUCAAUACGAGCAAUUGAAACUGGUUCCAAGUAUCACAUGAGGAAGCUCGUCAUAUAUUGGACCAUAUUUUCCCUUUUUUCUCUCUUCCAACACCUAUUUGACAAACUUAUCCAAUGGGUUCCUCUGUGGCCAUAUAUAAAAUUAAUUACCAUAUGUUGGUUGGUGAUACCGCGGUUUAAUGGGGCAUGUUAUCUUUAUGAAGUUCUUGUUCGUCCGUGUUUACUCGUUAAAUGGCACGAUAGUAUCAGUCAGUUUAAUAGUUCUUGUUAUGUUUAUCUACGCCUUUUAUGUUUGUGCUUGUCUGUCAACCUUCGAACUGUUGCCGACUGGUUUAACAAGCCAAUGGAGGAUCGAUCUCUCAAGAAUGAAACAUUUCUGUCUGUGGUAGAGAGGUAUCUCGAAGAAAAUGGAUCGGAUGCUCUGGAGAAACUUAUUGCAAACAAGUAUAAGGAUUAUAGUUCGAAACAUCAUGCAGAAGAGAUCAAGCCUACUGAUACUAGUGAUGAAGCAGGAAGGAUUACCCCCAACCAGACACAAUGUGAAGGGAGUGGUCCUGUUUGGGAAGAUAUCACAGUGAUGGAGCAUAUGGCAAAACAUGAAGCAGCUGAGCCUAAACAGGUUAAGAGUGUGAAGGAAAAUCCAAUUAUAGUUGAGCGGAAAACGACAGGAGUGCAGGUCAAUGAAUUGGUAGUUCCAGCAGAUGCUGAAGAGAUUAAACUUCCAGAGGUAAUUUCUCCAAAUAGAGUUCAGACAGAGUGGACUUGUGCAUUAUGCCAAAUGACUACCACCUCAGAGCAAAACAUGAAGUCCCAUCUUAACGGAAGGAAACAUAAAGCCAAGUAUGAGGCGCUGAAAACUUGCGAACAAACGCCCAAAAGCAAUGGAAGUUUACCAGUUCCAACAAAGUCAAAUCAGCUUAAUCUGGAGCAAGUAAAACAUGCAGCUGCAGCACAACCAUUUCACAGUACUAAUGAAGCAGCAGAGCCUAAAGAGGUUAAAAGUGUGAAGGAACAUCCAAUUCAGAUUGAGAAGAAAACAACAGGUGUGCAGAUCAAGGAUACAGCAUUUCCAGCAGAGGCCAAGGAGAUUAAACUCCCAGAAAUCGAUUCUGUAAAGAAUGUUAAGACAGAGUGGACUUGUGCAGUAUGUCAAGUGACAACUACCUCAAAGGGUGACUUGAAGUACCAUCUUCUAGGGACGAGACAUAGGAUAAAGUGUGAAGAGCUGAAGAGAACGGCCAAAAUUGAAAGAAACCCACCUUCUACUUCAAAUAUGCCAGAGCUUAAGCAGGAGCAAGUUAAACAUGCACUUGCAGCACAAUACAAGAACAGCACUAAAGAAAAACUGAAAGAAAAUGUCCAACUAGGAGCUACUACUGGGCAACAUCAAAGGCAGACACAAGUGAAGAAUGCUGGUGGUGCUACUCAUAAUUCUAAGCUGUGGUGUAGUUUUUGUGACAUUAGGUGCCCUGAUGAGAUUGCUAUGGCUGCACAUCUUAACGGUAAGAAGCACUUGGCAAAACUUCAAGAAAGAAUGAGUUUAACUACUGGCACAUGGGCUUUGAAUUAUGCAAAUAUGCAAUUUCACCAGGGUAUUUGAAGGUCUUUGGUCUAUUAGGUUGAAGUAACUGUGUUCGAUUAUCAACACUGAAAUGUAGUUUGCUUACUCACUGGGAAAGGACAAAGAGGAAAAGUUUAUGUCAACAAGUGAGGUCUGUGUAUAGUCAUUUAGUAUGAGGAAUCAGAGCUGCUAGUUUUUAACUUGGCUUUUUGUUUCUUCAUAUCUGUUUUAUAUAGUUGUCUUUUAUGCAAAUUUUACCAGCUAUAGAGGUUUUACUUCAUAUCAUUUAUAUGGACUUUAUUCAUAGUACGAAGUGAAGAGCUAAACAUUAAGAAAAAAAUUCACAUUGGGAGGGAGUUGUGGGCAUGGUGUAGGUACUUUAGAUUUCGAUUUUCAAACAUACUAUAUCAUUAUCAUAUUAUGUUAAUUCGGUAUGAUUUGGUAUUUUUAAGUAUAUAUAUGGUGUUUUGUGUA